UGCUCACAUUGCCUGUCUCGCGCGUCAGAAUGGAAGUCGAGGAGGACGCAGUGGCGGCGGCGGCGGCGAGCGCGUGGCCGGGUUCGUCCAGGCGCCGCCACCUCCUUCAGUUCCUCCUCCACGCCUCCAAGCGGCUCGACCUCCGGCCCAUCGUCAAGUACUCCGCGCUCGAGUUCUUCGCCGGACGCUUCCUCCCCGAGCUCCCGAGGAAGUUGGGGUUCUGCGGCGCGCGAAGCGGACGAGCCGUGAGGUCCUGGCUCCUCGAGCCCCUGAGGGACAGCAACCUGGAGCUCUUCGCGCUCGUUGCGGUGUGGAUCGCCAGCAAGAUCCACGACCUGAGGCCGCUGUCAGUGAAGAGCCUCAAAGCGUUGGGCGAUCGCAUCAUCGCCGACCAGCAUUUCACGUGCCGAGACUUCGCGAAUGCUGAAUUGGUGUUCAUGGAGGUAGUGGAGCAUAACAUUGGAUCUUCAAGCAUUGCUUUUGUAUACCUGGAGGAUCUUCUCAUCCAUUUCAGGGAAAUAUCAAAAUUAGGUGAUCUUUUGGAUCUGGAUGUGUGCAUGGAAAUUUUGGAUAUUCUGUAUGAGACUGAAGAUACCUCUUUACUUUUUAACUCUCCUUGCUCGCUUGCUGCUUCAACUCUUGUUGCUGCAUAUGCUAUAUCUGUUCCUAAGCAGACAUGGGAGUUUCCAAUCCUUCCUUGGGUCAGGUUUGCUACAUCAUAUGAUGAGGAGGAAAUCAUGAAGAUUGUUCUGACAAUUCUCCUGCAUGUGCUCAAACCAGACGGGAUCAGAGAGAAGGACAAGGGAGAUUUUGAUGUCAGAUGUUUAUUGUGAAUAAGUAAUGUGUAGAGCACAAGAAUGUGCCCCAGUUUUGCCUUUGAGUUGUGAAGUACUGAUGCCAUUAAACUGAGUACAGAAGAUACAUGCCUGUAGAACACUUGGCCUCUUUUUGUGCAGGGGUUCAAGAUUAAGAUGUCCUGAAUGGCCUUGUGAACUGAACUGUAUGAUGAUUAAAGAAACACACACACAUAAGCAUCACAUAAUGGAAUUCUGUAUUGGAUAUUAUGAUGAUAUUUGGAGUAAUGGAUAAUGCUGAUGGAAUGUAUUCAAGUUUUUUUCCCCCAAA